UUAAAACUCACGUGUUCGUACAAGCUUACUGCAAUAAACUAACGAAAAUUACAAAACAUUAGAAAACACAACUGUCUGUAAUGAUUUGUCUCUUGAACUGAAUUCUACAACUCAACACCAAUUAUCACGUUUAUUUAUCUAAUAAUGUCAAGCGUAUCCAAAACAAAUGAGUAUCUUAUUGCUCAUCCGACUGGUGAAAAUGAAGAUUUUCAUGUUGAAUCACAAAUUGUGGCUGCUAGCAGUUCUGUUUAUCAGUCAAUUGAUGAACAAUUUAAUGUGGGAAAAUUAACAAGCACUGAGGUUGCUAUGUACAAAGCACGUUAUCUAAAGUUACAUAAUGCUUUAAAAAGGACUAGGGACAAUGAAUUCAAUUUAAUCCAGUUAACAAAACGUUUUACAAGUCAUAUAGAAAAUCAACAAUCUGAAUUAUCUAAAGCUGAUCUAUUUCCUGAUAAUGCAUUAACUGUACCAUCACAAUUACGAGCACAGAUUUUAAGUCAUUAUAAUACAGCAAUGGAAACGGAUGAACGUGUGGAAAUGCUACUUUAUGAAGCUGGUCUACUUAGAGAAGAACGUAAACUACUAAGUCGUGAUUAUUCACGUUUACCGACAUCCGAGAUAGAGAACCUUGGUGAUGAUGUCAACAUUAUUCAGGAAAUGGAAAGACGUUUUAAAUUACUUCAAGGACAAUGUCAAGAAUUAUGGCUUGAAAUUGAUGUACUCAAAAUGGAAGGAAGAAGUAUAAGAGAACAGUACAGAAAAACCGCUGAAGCUGAGCAAGAAUUAUACAAUGAAUAUAUACAGACAUUUUCACAACUGAAUGAUGUUAAGGCUAAAUGGGUUAUAUCUACUGAUUUACCUGGACAGUACUCUAAAGAAACUGAGAAAGCUCGUAAAUACAAAUUAAAUGCUGAAAAAGAAUUACAGACUCUAAAAGAUGAAUAUACGGAACUUCAACUAACUCAAGCAAAUUUUGAACAGAUGCUUAAACAGGCUGAAGUGGACAAAGAAAAUUUAUCAGAAGAACUGAGUACUGUUCAUCAGACAAUACUAGAUAGGAAGAAAUCAAUCGAAGACUCAACGAAACUAUUCGAAAAUUGGUUUGAAAUGGAAAUGAUGAAUCGUACAGAAAAAGCUCAGCUUUUACAGCGUGCACUUUUGGCAGAUCAAAGUAAAAAAGAACUACUUGAAGAGGUAGGUAAGACAACCAAAGAACGUGAUAGCGUCAACAAGCUCCUUCGGAACUUAACAACAAGUACUGAAGUUGUUCAGGAGAGUCUAAAACUAAUAAAACAAAUACAUAAUAGGACGAGAGCAAGAUACUUCGUCACACCAAAAUAUGAUGGAGGACUGAUGACAAAGAAAAGAAACCUUGAAGUGGCCAUCCAACUGGUACAAAAUGAUCUACAAGAAGAACAUCAACGUGUAGUAAGUGAACACGCAAAAACAUCUGAAUGUGUGACGCAUAAUCAACAUUGUCUAGAGGUUUUAGAAUAUAUACGUGCAGAAAACUGGGAAUUAUUAAGGCUAAUAACCAAUUUAACUGAUUCAGUGAGUAAAGCUGGACUUGAAUACACGUAUUCACGCAAAAAGUAUAAUCAGUUAACUGGAGAACUAUUGAAAAAAAAUGUUGAAAUUACUGAACAAGUUAAAAAAUUACAAGAAUUAAAUGGUAGAUUGAUGGAAGUUUCAAAAUGUUAUGCAAAGGCAAAAUUAGAACGUAACAACCUUGUCGGAUUAUUGCAAACAUCAUUGAAAAUUGUAAUGGAUACGCGUGAACGUUUAAAGCUGCAUACAAAUGAAGCUGAAAUACUCAUGUUCAACUUACAAAAACGUGGUCAACAAAUAACAAAAGAACGUAAAUUAUUUGCAAGUGUUAUCGUUCAACACAAUCAUAAACGUCAUCAAGUUUCCAAAUUAAAUGAGGUCAUUGCUAAACAAUUACAAAAACAUGAACAACUACAAACGAGUAUUCAACAGAUUAAUACUAUAUACAACCAGACUGAAGUAGAGACUUUAAGUAUAAGAAAGGCAAAAGAACGAAGUGCUCGUUUACGUAAUGAAAAAGCUACCCAAUUAAUUGAAAGGAAUCAAGAGGUCUAUAAAUUACGGAAAAGAAUCAGUGAACAGGCUACUGCAAGAACUACUGCUGAACUCAAUUUACAUGGGUUGGAGGAAGAAAUUAAUUUAUUGAAAAUAUAUCAAUCUCAAUUAUCGAAUUAUAUUCAGGUGAUGAAUAAAAAUGGACCUAAAAUUGAAGCAAUGAAAAGUGAACUCAGAGGGCUUAUUCAUCAGUUGAUAGCAAGCCGAGUAAAGUUGAGUGAUCUUAUAUGUCGAACUGAAGAUCCCGAUUCUAAAGGACGUCUUCGAAUACUUGGCGGAAAAGAUCCAUCACACUUAGAACUAUGGAUGACUUUGGGUCAAUUAGAACGUCGCAUGGCUGCUAAAGAAGAGAAUCUAGCUGAAAAGAAUUUAACUUACGAGGCAGUUUGUCGGUUAGUCGACAGUUUACAAAUUAAAGUAAAAACUGGAAAAGAUGAUACUUUAACUUUAGCUACUGAAGUAAAUAAAGUUAAAUACAGACUGCAACAAUGCCAAGAUCAAAUGAAAACACUUUAUGCAGAAUUGAUAGUUACAGCUAGUGAACGCAAUCGUAUGAGAGAUUAUAUUGAACAAUUAGAACAUCAUCUUGAUUUGUGUAAAUUACGUAAGAGUAAUGGGCAAGCUCAUUUUAUGGAACUAGAAAGCAUAUUUCUAAAACAAUCAAAUAUUGAAAGGAUGAAAAAGGGGAAUAAAUUGGACAAACCUUCAAGUUCACGAAGAAUUACACCAAUGAGACCUCCAGGAACACUGCCCAACGGAUACAAAUUCUCAUCCAAAGGAUACGAUAAUACGCAGCAAACAGAGAAUAUCAUCAGAAAUCUGAAUACAGUAAAGAUUCAGAACGUGAAUAAAAACCAAUCUGCUGAGGAAAACCAAAGGGGAAACGGAAAUAAAAUACUUAGGCUUCCAUCACUUUCACCAGUGGAGAGUAAUGCUAUGAAAAGAACGAACCAAACAGAUUCCAAAAAUGUACAAUGUCCAGAAAUAACCUACUAACAAAUAUGAUUUCAGUAAAAUCAAUCACUUACCCAAUCAUCAAUAAUGAACAAUUGAAAUUAUCAAGAUUAUGCAAUAGUGCACAACUAACAGAAAAAAUCAAUUGAUUCAGAGAAUCCCAGUAACAGAAAUAGCAUUGUUCUUUACACCGAAUUCUCCAGUAGCACUAAAGUUAACUCUAUUUGAAAACGAUAAGGUUGCUGGGAUCAUUCUUAACAACUCUACAAAUCUGUAUGGAACUACACCAGAAUGCAACUUUGUUUAGUUGAAAGUCACUUAGACCUGCAUAUACCAGGAACAAAUUAAUUUAUUCAGAAAUCAUUUCUGUUAUAUACAUAUACAAGAUGUUUAUUAUACAAUUUCUACUGAUCCAUACUAUUGUUAGUAGUAUAUACAACGUGUUUUAUGCAUUGGGAUUGAGGCAUCAAUUUCUUCAGCAUGUGAACGUCGAUAAUUCCAUAAAAAGUUAUCCACCAUAAUUGAAUUACAAUCAACAUUCUUACUUCUUAACGAUUUGACAAUAUUCUGAAGAGAGUAAAAACAAAACAUAUUUAUACUUGAUGUGGGUUAAGCUAACUCUUGAACUGUUUGUACAUUACCAACUUAUUUACUGAGCGCGAAAAGAAUAGGGCAAAUCAAUGUAGAAGGCAUAAAUGUGUAAUAGUCAUACUGAUUUUAAUAAUGUAUACUUAAAGGAUAUUAACUAGUAUGAUUUGAAUAUAUCCUAUGCUGUUUCUCC